AUGCUUGAGACGGUGGUUCACUCCCUCUCUAGUGACCAAGCACAACAGUCAGUUUUCAGCUUAAAGAUGGAUCCGGAGGCUGCACGAGCUGCACGAGAAUCGCUAGACCUGGCAUUCCAUAUGUCCAAUAUACUUGAUACGGGUCUAGACCGUCACACACUUUCUGUUCUAAUUGCACUUUGUGAUCUUGGAGUCAAUCCUGAAGCACUUGCUGCUGUUGUCAAGGAACUGAGAAAAGAGAAACCCUCAUUAUCAUCGUCACUUCCUGAGGCUCCUUCUUUGCCAUAA